GUGAACAAGAAAAUAUAGUAUUCAAUAUUUUCAAGAUGUCGCUUGAAGAGUUGAAGGCCGAACUGGCCGAGUUCGACAAGUUCUUGAAGCUGGCCCGUUGUGCGGGUGUUAAGAAUAUUCUCGGCCAGGCUAAGAUGGAAACUGAGCGCAAAAUAGUAGACUUGGAGAUAGAAGAGAGCAACGCUGCUGCUGCUGCGGACAGCAAUAGCAAAAGAUAUCUACAUGAACUCACCGAUUAUGGUUGGGAUCAGAGCGACAAGUUCAUCAAAAUGUUUAUCACGCUAAAUGGCGUACAGAGGUGUCCAGAGAAUGCUGUCACCUUACACUAUAGUGGAUCGUCCUUACAGUUGCUCGUGCGUAAUCUCAAAGGAAAGGAUUACAGCCUGACUGUCAACAAUUUGCUCCAUUCUAUCGAUAUUGAGAAGAGCUAUCGCAAACUAAAGACCGAUUUGGUGGCCAUUUACCUGAAGAAGGUCGAGGAGGGCGUCCACUGGGAUGUGCUUACUGUAAUGCAGAAGCGGACAAAUAAAAUGAAGGACAUCAAGAUAGACGAGAAACAGAUGAGUCCUGAGUACGCUCUGGCCAAAAUUAUGAAGAAAUUGUAUACUGAUGGUGAUCAGAGGACCAAGCAAAUGGUUGAGAAGGCUUGGACUGACAGCCAAAAGGCUCGUCUACAGAAUGUUUUAAUGUGAAACCCCCACACACAACCCCACUCCUCUACAUUAGCAGCAUUUAAAAACAUACUUGACAUUGUUUUGCGUUCUAUAUAGCCAAGCUCCGAUUUCAAUACCUGACAACUUCAAAUAAAGCAGAGCAAAUAUAAGAAAAUUAA